GGAAACUCAGGUCCAGUCCAGAGUUAUUUUCCCCCUUUUCUCUCCAUCUGAUCCUGAACACAAUGGAGCAGCAGCAGACACAGAUCUAACAAAAACACUUCACUGAGUCUAUGAUGAAGACCUGCGUUAUUCUGUGUGUUAUUCUGGUUUUGGUGGAGCUCCAAACUGGACUUUGCCAACAGCAGCCCAGACGUAAGAAAGAUCCAGGGGACAGCCGUGUUCGACCUGGAAAAAAAGUCAAACCCCGUCCUCCCAAAACCAAAGAGCCAGGAGGCAGAGGCCAGUCCCUCCUCACGCAAGUCCUGGAGAAGGGACGCUUUCUCCGGCUUGGGAAUGUCACUGUCCUCCCCCCGGGAAGGUCUGUGGAGCUGAGGUGCAAAGGAAGCAACAUGGGGUGGGGCUAUCCAUCAUAUCUGGACAAAUACAAUGACUCAAGGCUAAGCAUUAAUCAGAUAGACAAAUAUGGCCAGAUGAUCCUCACAGCACCCUCAGCUGCUGACACUGGGCUCUACAGCUGCUGGGUCAUUCUCUGUGAUGGAAAAGAGUGCUCCAAAGACACUGACCGGAGCUACUCUACAUAUAUCUACUUCAAUGACAAAGACAACCUGUUCGUGCCGUCUCCCAUUCACAUAGAGCUGGUAUACCUGCGCCUGGACCGCCCUGCUGUGGUGCCCUGUAGAGUCACAGACCCCCAAACCAGAGUGUCUCUCCACAGAGAGGUCCCCCCACAGGAGAUAUCCACCAACGGGACAGGAGUGACCUUUGACCCCACCCAAGGAUUUGUUCUGGAGGGUCCUGGGCCGGAGCUACAGGGAGUGUUCUACUGCAAAGCCCAGAGCAGAGGGGCACCACAAAUAUCAACCAAAUACCAACUGCUCUAUGUUGAGGUCCCUAGUGGCGCUCCGUUUGUCAGCGUUGAAAAGUCUCCAGAUUUUGUGAUGGAGGGCGACUCUGUGAAUGUGACCUGUACUGUCCUAGGAGAGCCUGAGGUCCCCAUACACUUCAACUGGAUCUAUCCCAACCAGGUUUUCCGUCCCGUCCUGUUCAGGUGCAUUUCGUCCUGGCGACUGGUGAAGAGGGGGCUGGGACACACCACUCGAGUCUCUCAAAGUGUCCUUGUCAUUAAAGAGAUGAACCGCAGGUCCUUUGGGAGUUACAUCUGCAAAGCGAAGAACAAAUAUGGAGAAACUAUAGUGGCCACCAAUGUACAGUCUGGAUAAACUGUCAAAAUAUCUAAGAACACAAUCACUUAAAGGAGCACUAAAACACUAUAGCUUUUCUGGUGUAGGAUCC